AUGAUGGCAGAAGACCGGCCCACCGUUUCGUGUGAGUUGAGCGAAACGGACGAGAGUGGGGGGACCCGGAAAACGGAGGCGGUGGGACACAGAGAUGAUACGAAAGAGACUGUACAAUCGGAUCCAUCCCCCACGGCCAACCCCUUCCAGCCACGUGGCAAGGCCAAGUCGGGACAGACCAGCUCUGGGCCUGCACAGACGGUCUCCACACGCAGCCGAUCCGCACACACGCCGUGCGGGAUCCAGGCAGGGCUCUGGGCGGCCCCCCGUCUGCCCAGGCCGCUCUGCAAGCAGCAAUCCCCCCCGGGAGACACCGGGCACCAGCCGCUGUUCAGCCGGUGUUCGUCUGGCUCAUGGCGCGGCCCAGCGCUCCUCGGGCUUGGUGCUCUCCUUGAGCGGAAGGAACAACUGAGAGGUCGCACAUGGAAGGCCUCCGAGCUCUUCCGGAUAGCCGUGGCAAGCGCAGACAGUGCUCGCCCCCUUCGGGACGCGAGGACAGCGGCCCGCCCAUGGCGCGUGAGAAGCGGGCCCUCUCAGCUGAGAGCCCUGCUACGUACAGGAUCACAUUAUCUUUACGUAUCGGCUUCCGCGCCAAAGGAUCAGCACAUUCUCCGUCGGUCCUCUGCGAUCUUCCCGCGAAUUUUCGGGGCCUGGUCCGCUGCCUCUCAUCCUCCAGACUCAUCCGCCACUUCUAGAGCAAUCGAUCCCGAAGGCCCAUUACAGCCAGACACCCAGAUCAGGCGAUGCCGCUAUCGAGGCUUGGAGCUGGGUAAUUGUAUCUCUCUUAUUAAUAAUCAUCCCCAGCAUCAUAAAGCUGCCCUGGGUAAUUGGUAUUCGCCAGCUCAGGAGUGUGGAAAGAGAAUUCCAUAA